CUCACAUCUCCAAACCUCCAUCCCACUUCACUCCGAACAUCGAAGCAAAUACCUCGAGCUGUAGAAGAAGACAAUACAGAUCACCGCAACUAUGUUCCGCGCUCAGCAGAACGCCUUCGAUGAUGUCGUCGCCAAAGCAACUGACGAGAAUCUCACCUCCGAGAACUGGGAGUAUAUCAUGGACGUGUGCGACAAGGUGACCGGGGAAGACAGUGGUGCCAAGGAUGCCGUGGCGAGUAUGAUCAAGAGGCUGGCCCAUCGCAAUGCCAACGUGCAAUUAUACACUCUAGAGCUUGCCAAUGCGCUCAGCCAGAACUGUGGCCCUAAGAUGCACCGAGAGCUUGCUUCGAGAGCCUUCACAGACGCCUUGCUGCGAUUAGCGAACGACCGAAACACACAUCAACAAGUCAAGGCAAAGAUCUUAGAACGAAUGCAAGAAUGGGCGGAUAUGUUCAAGGAUCCGGAUCUGGGCAUAAUGAAGGACCAAUACUAUAAGCUCAAGAGCCAGAACCCGAACCUCCACCCUCCCUCCGCACCCUCGAAGAGCCGCCUCACAGAUUUGGAUCGUCAAAAGGAAGAAGAGGAGCUGCAGAUGGCUCUGAAAUUGUCUAUACAAGAUAAGACGGCCCAAACACAACCAAAACCAGCUCAACAAUCCACCUCCGCUGGUCCCUCGCAGUCACAACCGGCUGCUCUGACUCAGACAGUCCCGUCAGGGACUACGGCAGCAACAGUCUCGCGAGUCCGAGCUCUAUUUGACUUCCAUGCUACAGAUCCAGACGAAUUAACUUUCCGAAAGGGCGAUAUCAUUGCGGUAUUGGAGUCGGUUUACAAGGAUUGGUGGAAGGGUUUGUUGAGGGGACAGACCGGUAUCUUCCCUUUGAACUAUGUCGAGAAGCUAGCGGACCCUACUGCGGAAGAACUACAGCGAGAGGCACAGAUGGAGGCGGAAGUAUUUGCGGAGAUUAAGAAUGUGGAGAAGCUGCUUACGCUGCUGAGUACUUCAACGUCUGACUUGAAUGUCCGCGACAAUGAGGAGAUUACCAAACUAUACCACUCAACUCUUGCCAUUCGACCGAAGCUCAUCGAACUUAUUGGGAAGUACUCUCAAAGAAAAGACGACUUUACACAGCUCAACGAAAGGUUUAUUAAAUCUUGCCGUGAUUAUGAGAACCUUCUGGAUGCAUCGAUGACACAAACGCAACCUGCGUAUCAAUAUGGUCGUCAUAAUCAAGGAUAUGGCGGGGGCUACCCACCGCAAGCUGCUCCACCUCAACAAGAACCUCAAAGAUAUUACACCCCAAAUCCUCAACAAGAACAGCCAUACCCACAACAGCCUUCUUCGCCUCAAGGCUACCCGCCACAGCCUCAUCGCCAAGGGGCAGCACCAUUCUACGUCGUAACAAAUCAGCAACAACCUCCUCCUGAGCCUCAAGGACCAUCAGGGCCGCCAGCACAGCAGCCAUAUCCCCAAAGAGACCCCACCCCUCGGAUCCCUUCAAAUUCUAAACCUGCACCUCUUCAAACGAGCUCACCACCCCUUAACCAAUACCCCAUUCAGCCGCAGACCGGUCACCGCCCUCAAAGCACCUACUCCAAUCCACAAGAACUCGCUACGUCAGUCUACGACUCUCCCGUGGCGCAACAAAAUCCGGCUUCCGCAUACAGUGCAUCAUUGUAUUCCCAAGAAGAUCCUUACUCUGCUGGCCCUACGGCAACUCAACAGGCGCCACCUACACAACAACAAUACAACGCCUACGCUCCCCCACAGCAGCCAUCUUACCCUCCACAACAACCCAGCUAUGAACCACCAGCUCCUCCGGCCGGGGCUGUUCCAGCACCAGUUUCAAUGAAUGCUGGAUACCCCGUGAUCGGGCAACCACUCGACGCUAGGAACACGUUACCAAGUCAAGGGGCAAAUCAAGGCUACAAACCAUACCAACGACCCGGAUCGGCAGAAGGGCGUGGAGGACCAAGUGCACCGCCUGGAGGACCAGCGGAUUUUUACCGACAGAGUGCUGCCUACUGAUUCUCUGGGUCGUUUCCUCAAUGUAUCAGAGAAGGGAUUUGAUUUGGUUAUCAAGCGAUGCAAGUAAUGCAACCUUACAGGCAGGAUUCGGUUCUAUCGUGUUCAUAAAGGGGAGUUCGUGGGCUGCAUCAAUGGCAUGAAUUCUAGGCAAGGUGAAAGAAAGUUUAUUCACAAAUGUACUAUACCUUUCACCAAUUGGCAAUAUAAUUCUCUCAGACAGAACUAUGGAAUUUCUUUCUCA